GGAUUUGAUAAUGCAGUGAGACGUUCAUGUUUUUGUUAUAAAUUUUAAUGCUAUGUUCUUAAAAUGGAAGGAUAUCGAAAUAUAUUUACUAUAGACCAUGUUCAUAGACUCAGGCAACUUGCGGAACAAGAUUUGAGAGAAAAGGGCAUCAAGUUACCGAAGAGCAAGAAGACAAAAAAGUUGAAUACAUCGCGUGGACCAAAUCAAGAUGGGUUAAUGUCAGCUAGUAAUAUAUUUGGUAAUUAUUUAUCACAUGUACCAUGUGUUUAUGUUGGUGAUUGUGGCUACGUACCAAAAUUUUUAGUUGAUGCAGAGGAAGUUAUUGUAGCUAAUAUUACUCAAGAGGGUAUUUUUAGAAAGUCAGGAGCUAUCAGUAGACAGAAAGAACUCAAGCAACAAAUAGAAGAAGGAAAGAGUUUUAGUGAUGCUAACGUUAACGAUGUUACAGGACUUAUUAAACAGUUUUAUCGUGAACUACCUGAACCAUUAUUCACCAGUGUUUACCAUGAUACAUUUAUCCGUUGUUAUCAACUGGGUAGUCUACCAGUGGCUACUCAUGCUAUCUUGUUACUAUGUCUACUGCUUCCCUCUGAAUAUCUUAGUGCUUUACGAUAUACCAUGAAACUUUUGGCAUUUAUUGCUCUCCAUUCUGAUACCAAUAAAAUGGAUGUUGGUAACCUUGCUGUGGUCUUGGCACCAAAUAUUAUGCAUGUGAAUAGCAAGAGUGAAAAAAUGAACUCAACUGAAGAAAAGUUGAUUCAAAUACAAACAGCUGUAGUAGAGUUGUUGAUAAAGAAUGCUGACUGUGUAGGAUUAGUUUCUGAUGAUCUGUAUGAAAGAACAUGUAAAAUGGUAGAAAUCUAUGGUGAAGAAGAUUUAGAUGCUAGCGAUGAUAAUACACUAGAAGAUUCUAAAGAUUGUAAGAAAAAAGAAAAGAAGCGUAAACGUAGUGGAUCUUUUCAAGGGUUUGUAAGCACUAUUGCACAUGGUAUAGCAAAAUUACGUAGAUCAACAGAUGGUAAAGAACAUACUAAACAUGGUACUGGUAAUACUAGUUCAACACAGGGUAAUACCACGCAAGGCAGUACAUGUUCUAUUAACCUUACAGCUAAUGAAUGUUCUAUAUCACAGAAUAAUAUAACUACAGAUCAGCCACCACCCUGUAUAGCAGCUACACCAGUUGUUAUGAGAAAGAGAAAAGCUUCUGGUGAUUUCGUUCCUUUCUCAGCCACUAAAAAAAAAGCCAUUAUUCAGCAUUUACCACAACAAACAGCACUAGGUAAUACACCUUUUACACCAGCUAGAAAGAUUGAUCUUUCAGCUACACCUACCCCUACACCAACUACAAAGGAUAUGAAAACCCCACGUAAAAAGUUCUUGUUUAGUCCUGGCAGUAGUAAAAAAACAGUGAGUAGUCAUGCUAAUACAAGUAAUACCAGUAAUAAUAUAUCCAAUGGUUCCAUCAAGAAACCAAAGGGAAAGAACAUAUUUAGAAGAUUGAGUGGUAGUAAGAGUGAUAAGGAUGCUGAAAGUAUAUCAUCCACCAGUAGUAUUGGUGAACGACUGGCAAGCCCACCAGACUCUUCUCCGAGCUCUGGUAUAUAUAAAAGUCAGUCUGAUUCACCAUUAUCAUCUAAAUUACCUUCAUCACCAUCUUUACCAGAUAUCUCUGUUUUAUCACAAACUAAUUCCCUCAACGAAGGCUUCAUCUCAGAGGCAGAUGUUCCGGAUUUUGACCAAACACAAGAAAGAGGACGAUCCUUACAAAGAAAUGCCCACACUUCAUCUUCAGACCCUACUGCUGACAGAUCUCCCAAGAAACCUGCUCGACGUUCACAUUCUGCAGACUAUGCUAAUCUGAAACGUGGAGCCCCUAAUACCAUAACUAAUGGUUUACUCAAAGGCAAACCUUGUGAUUUAAAGAAACUUCGAAGAAGCUUUGAUAAAUCAGAUAUCAGUAAUCCCAUACCAAUGGUGGUUCCAACAAUGUCUGAAACUACUCUUACCUGUCAAGAAGCUGUAGAAGCACAGCAGAGGAGAAAUGCUGAUAAUGCUUCCAUCAAAAGUUUGUCUGGAACUUCAAUUGGAUCAUCAGUAUCACAGGCUUCAACACAUUCUCAAAAGAUUUUUCCACCCCCUUCCAGAUUUUCUGACAAGCAAGAUAAAGCUUAUGAUUCAGAUGAAUCAGAAACUGGAUUUUCAACGAUCUCUGGCAACACAGUUGUCUUUGUGCCAAAAGGUGGGAAGCCAGUGAUAGUUUCUCAUAAGUCCUCCAAAGAAAAACAGAUCCAAUCCAGUAAUAGUACAGAUAGUUUGAUGAGUUCGGUAUCAGAAGCAUCAUUGGCUAGUUCCCAACCACAGAUUGAAAGAAGUAUGUCAACAGAUAGUGGUAAAGGAUCCCUUUUAGAUGACACCAUGCUGAACAUGAACACUAAUCCAAAAUCCUCUUUAGAUACUGCUUUUAUAGAAGAAAGUAUGUUGAUGGAUUCCACAAGGUUAGAUCUUGAUGAAAGUGAAACAUCAAAAUCUGAAAAUGUUGGAAAUCCCAAGAAAUCUUUAUCAUCCUAUGACUUAAACCAGUCUGAUGUACCCAAAUGUCAAGUUGUACGUUCACAGAGUAUGUUCUGUACCAGUAACAGUUUUAACCGCCCACCUCCAAAUAUAAAACCAAACUUACAAAUUAGUAAAGAAACCCAUAAACUUUUAGCUCGUGCUGGGUUCCUUUCUGAUAAAAAGGGCUCCAAAUGUGCCGAAGAUUUUCAAGUUCCUGUUAAAUCACCACAGAAAUCUUUUUCCAGAGACAGCAGUAGGGCCUCUAUCAAUAUGGGCAGUCUGGUGGACAUGAAGUGUGAAGAGGAAGAUACAGUGAUGGACCUUCCAACUAUACAUGUCACUGACACUGAAAUUGCUUCUGAAGAACAGAUGGAAACUGAAUCAAUAGAGAUUGAAUCUGAUAGUAAUAUUAUUAAAAGAGCUGAUACAAGUAUACCUAAACAUAACAGUAUCAUCAAUAUACAGAAAAAUAAUAGUGGAAAAGUUGCUGAAAAUGUAAAAAACUUGGAAACUCCAGAAACCAAGGAAAAAUUCGCUUCCCCUUAUCGUUUUCCAAAUUCAACCACAAGAAAAAGAGGCAUGUCUCCAAUUCGAAUUCCUACCAUCUUUGCCAAAAACGAUGUCCAAGCAUCUAAAUUUAGAGAGCUUGGAAUGCUUGCUAAAGAAAAGGGAUCUUUACCAAAGGGAACAGCAAAAGUUCCCAUUUCUACAAAUUUGUUGAAAUCUUCAGACCCUGCUACAAGUACUGGUUCUGGUUCUGAAGACUUUGAGUUUGUUAAACCAUCAAUUCGACCUAAUGUCUAUUAUACUGAUAAGAAUAAGCCUAAAAGUUCUUGCACAAAUAGCAUCGUGUCUGACAGCUCCAUCUCCAUAAGUUCCAUUGAUUCAGCUUCAGCAUCUUGUUCUGAGUCAAUAAAUAUUUCUGCAUUGACAGAAUCAACUGACACCCCUGAGGAUGAUGUUUUUAAUCCAACAUAUGAAGCAGAAUCUGAGGAACCAGCUAAAUCAGUCAACUCUUCCAUUGGACGUACACCAUCAUUUAAAGGUCAACAUGUGGACUUAAGUUCUUCUUUAAUGGAAACAAUUAAUGACAUUUGUACUCCUCAGCGACAAGCUUUAAAAGAUUGUGCAAAUGUUGUGGGUAAAGAAUCCACCACAACAAAAUUAGAUGAAGACAUUGGUGAUUAUGUUGUUUUAAGAACUGCUGGUGGUCUGACACCAAGAAAUGUUUUACGCUUUGCUCAAACCCCUAAAUCAAAAUGUAUUUCCCCAAACAAACCCUUAAAACGUUUAGUAUCUCCUGGAUCCCCCAGACGCCACAAUAGUCAAAGAUCCCCCAAACAAUCAUCAAGAAAAUCAGAUGGUGCUCCUGUUUUAUCAUCAAUUCCUGUUCAUUUACAAACAGAUACUGGUGAAAUGUAA